AUGGAUGACUAUGCUACAAUCUGGACCCCGCUGAAUACCGCCGAAGCGCAAUUUCGUGUUCUUCGUCUCGAUCCGAAUCCAGAUAUCAGCGCCUGGCCCGCCGGUCAACUUGAAAUUAGGUCCUUGGAUAACUGGGUCGAAUAUGAUGCCGUUUCGUACGCCUGGGGAGGGGCAUCGCGCGUCUAUCCGUUGUUCCUUGGAGAUGUCGAGCUACCGAUCACCGAGACCAUAUGCGCAGUGCUCCGUCAUUUGCGGCAUCAUUCGAGGCCGAAGCAUCUUUGGAUUGACGCUCUUUGCAUAUCUCAACGGGACCUCGAAGAGCGUGCCCAUCAAGUUGCUUUGACGCGACGAAUCUUCCGUGGGGCCUGCGAGCUAUGCGUUUGGCUUGGCUACGGGUCUGAAGUCGUCAGCCGUGUUAUGGACAAGAUGUGGCACCUCGGAAACGAGAUUGAUAGAUAUGGCAGCAGUAAUAUCCGGCACGACGACUUCUGGUGUGAGCCGGAGGGAGCGGCUCGCCAUGGUUUGCACAGCUUAUCUCGAGCAGCCUUUUGGGACCGGUUAUGGAUCAUACAAGAGAUCGCUUUGGUGAGACACAUUUCAGUACAUUAUGGAAAGAUCCGACUUGGUUCCCGAGUGCUCAAUGUACCUGCGCUCAUGAAGCUCUGGAACCUUGCGGGAGGACAAAAUUCGUACGAAAAGAAAUGGGCAAUUACCUUGCUGUUGCGUCUGGUUCUUCUCAAGGGCACACUGGCACAGACCACAGGACUACCUGUGCUGGAGCAGGCAAGAGCGGUAUUAGCUUCCUUCCAUAGAGCGCGACGCUCCAUCGCCACAGACCCGAAGGACAGGGUUUACGGACUCCUCGGAAUAUGCACUUCAUACUUUGGUCCCAAGUUUGUUGAUGCCGACUACACAUUGAGUACUGCGGUAGUCUACACGAAUUUUGCUCGCCGCUUGAUCGAGUCAACUACACCAUAUCAUAACGCACUUUCUUCUCUUCCUAGCUGGGUACCAGACUGGUCGUCUUCUUACGACCACGACUUUCACGUCGCACACCUCGCAAGAUGGAAGGCUUAUCGAGCUUUCCCCGAAAGUGGACAACUUACCUACCUCUUUGUUGAUGGGAAUGUGCUCCGCUUAAGGGGAGUCUUACACAGUACAGUGGCCAAGGUGGGCGAGGUGUACCAUCCCAGCUCUGCGGGUUUGUUACAGGCCCUUUCUACGAAACGACUGUCCCACGAAUUGUCCCACGAACUGUCCCACGAGCAGACGAUUGAAAGCUGGAAGACUUUAUACGAGGAGUACUGGCUGGCUUCCGUGCUUGGACGCGAAUUAGAGACUUGGGUUGAAAGAAGUUUGGUACGAACAGUGCUCUCGGAUCUAGACCCGGACGCGAACCAUCCCGAAGUCAAUCGCACACCGUACUAUGGCAUUGUUGAGCCAUACUAUGAAUACAAGCGGAUCACUGCUCAGCGACUCAACGGCAUCCUUUCCCCGAACGACCGCAUACGCCGCUAUACUUCGAUAAGCAUGCACAAGACAUUGGGUCGUUUCUCUACUGAACAUGCAUUGAGCAAUAUUGAAAGAGGACUCGUGAACAAUCGUUUCUUCAUCACGAGCAAAGGUGUCUGCUAUGUACAUGGCAUCAUGGACGGCGAGGCUGUUAAGGAAGCUGGCCCGGGAGCCAUAGAAGAGAUCAUACUGAAGUGA